AUGUCUCUGCCAUCUUCCAACAAUCCCCAGAUCAGCGGUUUCUAUGGCCCUGGCCCAUGGGCUGCCUGGAUCAUUACUCUAGCGAUCUCAUGGAUGAACACCGUCCAAAAUAACUACACGCAUAACAUGCACUUUAUCGGAAAUGCGUUAUAUACGAAUUUUGCUGCGGUCAACCUUAUACGCCAGCUGAAUUUGGCUAAAGAUGAGGGGGAAAUCUCUGUGGAUCGACUCAACCCUGGUGUUCCAAGUUAUAAGAUAGACUUGGAAAAGACUCCACUUGAAGUGGACGAAGCUACGCGACAAAUGCUGGCAGCUGCUAUUGCGGUAGUACAUGUGGGUAUCCAAAUGGCCACGAUGCAGAUCAUUGCGUGCUUCUACAAAGAGCGACAACGAAAUUUCGAUCCCAAGGAACCUAUCAAGCGACGCCGUUUCAUAGUAUCUGUCGGAUUAGUGCUUCCGAUAGGAGCAAUCUGGUACGCAAGUAUUUCGAUCAGCUGUCAUCGACUCGGAUUCAUCGUGCUACCGGGAAGUCUUUUGCCAGGCCUCACGACGCUAAUCCGCAGUUGGGUCAAUAUCCUUUGGUCGUGGAAGUACAACAAUGUCGAACACGUUCCACGUUUAACCAGAAUUUGCGUCUUCGGUGCAAUUCUCAAUUGGGCACUUCGCUGUUGGAUUGAACCGCGGUUACACUUCCGUAACCCCGGAAAUUCGCUCCUCAAUGGAGAUUUGUGCUCAAGGACAAGAUGUUGUUUCGUUCCAUGUGCGUCACAAAGCAUCAGAGAAAUGGACCAAAUCUUCUCUUUGGUCAUCACGCUUUCUCUCUUUCUAUACGAGUUCGAACCUCCAUUAGUUCGCGCGGCGAGAAAGUGCAUAGGCGUGGUAAAGAAGUGUAUAGAGUUCCUUCUUGAAACUAGGUUUGGUUCCUUGAUGGUCCGCAUUGUAAGGAGAUGGAUUGAGUUUUAUCACUCGUCAGGUCUAUCUUUUUAUAUAUAA